AUGUCUUCUCGUACUCUCAUCGCGUCUCCUCUGUCUCUCUCUCCGGAUCUUACAGCCGUGGUCAUGUCUGGUUCACCCGAUGGCAAUGUUUGGUCCCUAUCGCGAGAGCUGGAGGCCAUUGAACUCAAGCAUGAUGCAAUUCUACGACAAGCGCGUGUCCUGAACGAUGCAUCUGCGCCUCUUGCUUUUCUCCAAGCUCUCUACGGCGCCGGUUGUGGUAUUGGCCACCUGGCUGAGCGCAUCUCUUUCCAAGACAUCGUUCGACUCUGGGAACUGCUGCGUCUGCGCCGUCAGACCGGCCGCUUACUGUUGUCAUCCACGCUCACCAUGUCGCCCAUCGAGGCCGAUACCGUUCAAGUCAAACUACAGAACGGGACACUCGUCAUCUGCGCACAGUACGGGCGGUCCUCGGAUCACUCUGCGAGGGUGUUCUACGUCUUUCCACGCCUACCGUCUGGAGACGUCGAUCUGGAUCUGUACAACAUGACACCCACUUUCAUAAGACCUGCUGUUCAACGUUUCGCGUUCUCCGGCUCUGAGAGCCUCAUCGCGACUCUCGAGAACGAGUCAUCAUCUUACGCAAUAUAUCUGAUGUACCACGCGGCACUUCCUCGCUCUCGACUUCCCAUUCCUGCUGCAUGGAGAGUGGGACAAGCAGAUGUCCGCUCCGAUAUGUGCCGCCUCUACCUCCUAUACUCCCUUCUCGCCCUGUUUCUUACCAAUCCCGCGCGCCUCAUCAUCUGGAACUGGAAAACAGGCGUGGUUCUCCUCGUCGCCCAGGAUCAUGAACUAGGCCACGUCAUAGGCUUCGCCUUUCUCACUUCGCAAUCAUUCAUGCUUGUUCGGAACGACGGCAUCUCCGUGUACUGUGUUCCUGAGUCGCCGGCCCCUCUCUCACAACUUGAAUGCUCCUGGCUUGGACUUCCGAUACUUCACGAAAGUGCCGAAGUCUGCUCUGUGAAGCUACAUACUUCUGAGGGAGACCCUGGUACUCGUUCCGAAAUUACGCUGCGAGAGCGCAUGUGUGUUCUGAUGGUUACGGUCACGAACGUUGAAACCCAUGAGACGCGCGAGAUCGUCAUAUUCGCGAAAUCGGCCUCUAUUCUCGAUGCAUGUCGUCACAUGCCUCAGUCUCGCGAGCGGGUAUGGGACGAUUGGGGACCUCAAUAUUGCCGUGCGCUUCAUCUUGAAGGCUACUUGCGUCUCUCGGUCGGCGGUGUCAGAGGCUUACGUGCUGUACUUCAGCAAUGGCUUUUCCCACCUGGGUCGACAUACGACGAAGCGGUGGAUGCGCGCCUGAUCAUAUUUGAUUUCGGCGAUGUACAAAGUCUCUCGGGCAUAGAGGACAUUCUUCCUGGGACCGCGGGUGCCAACCGUGGCGCCGUCCGUAGAGCGUCAAGCUUGGAGUUACCUGGUCUCUUCAAGAACACCGUCACUAUGCAAGUUGCCUUUGCGUACGUCAUAACGGAUCCUACACGCUACUACGGGAUCCACACCUGCCCGAAUGAGGUGCUACUAGAUGAUCGCCGGCUGGUGAAAGUAUUCUCGACUUAUGACGAAAUGCAGCAAGCAGUCGAAUUGGAAGUCUUUGAUGCGUAG